UAUAAAAUAUAUGUAAUUUAACUAUUCGAAUAUUUAUUUUUGUACCAACGUAUAGGCAACGAAGUUCGUCCAUACAUUUAAGCAGAUACAAUCUAAGUAGGCAAAGGUUAUUUCGUCCAAAAAAAUUCGACUGCCAUCGUCGUUUGACAUGUUCUCAUAGCAACGUUCACCAACAAGAAGAACUUCAGAUUAAUUAUUUAAAGUCGAUUUUAAUUAGGCGCACCACCUUCAUGAUAAAUUCACUAGUUCAGCCGUUGAACAUCCAAUGAGAUGCUCCUCACGAGGCCCCGAAGGAUUCCACUUAGGAAUCUGCAGGGCAUACUCAAAAGAUUAUUUGGGUCGGAAAAAAAAGCAGACAGCAAGGACGUACCGUCAUGCGCGAAGGUCGCAAAGUUCGAAACUUGCCAAUUGGAUCCUUGCAUGUUGGACCCAUGCAAGCCGGAACCAACCGUAGUGAUAAUAGGAGCCGGAAUGGCAGGCCUAUCAGCAGCGCAUCGAUUGGUUCAAUGCGGUUUACAAAAUUUUACUAUAUUGGAAGCAACGGACAGACCAGGAGGUCGCAUUCAUUCCUGUUGGCUCGGUGACGUAGUCGCCGAAAUGGGUGCAACCUGGAUAGAGGGUGGUUGCAUGGCCAAUCCCGUUUUCACAUUAGCUGCUCAAGAGGGCCUUCUCAAGCCACCGCUCUUCAGACCGGACCCAAGUCGGGGUCUUUUUUGCACCAGCGAUGGUCGAGCUAUUGAUCUUCCCGUCAGCAUCACGGCCUAUCACGCGUUUCGACAGAUAGAGCAGCAAGCCUCAGCUUUGUUUUCGUUAGGAUGCGGACGAGCUCACGGUUCGCUCUUGAAUUUUAUGGGCGUCAGGAUACAGCAGGAAUUGCAUAAUUUUCCAGAGGAGCAGAGGUACGACGCCGCACGCGUCAUGUACGGAAUGACCAAUUGCACUAGAUGUCGCUGCGGCGAUGAUCUGUCGUUAGUUUCGGCCGAUCAGUUUGGCAGUUACAUAGAAAUUCCUGGAGGCAACGUUCGAGUCCCUUUGGGAUACGUAGGUGUUCUGGCGCCACUUUUAAGAGACUUGCCUAGCUGUUCCUUAAGAUACUGUAAACCUGUCAGCUGUGUACGUUGGGGUGCCAUAAGCGAUUCUUGUCCACGUGCUGUUGUCAAGUGUUGCGACGGUGAGGAAUUCCCAGCUGAUUACGUAAUAGUCACAGUACCCCUGGGUGUCCUGAAACAUCAACACGAUAAGCUCUUCUGUCCUGCAUUACCGGCCGAAAAAGUCGACGCCAUUUGUAAAUUGGGUUACGGUUACAUGAAUAAGAUCUUUCUGGAAUACGCCAGACCCUUCUGGGUCUGGCGAGAAGGAGGAAUAAGACUGGCCUGGUCCGCCGAUGAGUUAUCGGACAGAUGCGAUUGGGUCAAAGGUGUCUCGAACAUAGAAGAGCUCGCCAGUUCUCAGCACGUACUCUGCGCCUGUGUUUGUGGACGCGAAGCAGCCGACAUGGAAUUAUGCUCGGACGAGGAAGUGGUGGAAUCGUUAACACGUGUCUUGCGACAAUUUACAGGAGACCCAACCUUACCUUAUCCUGUCAAUCUAUUACGUAGCAAAUGGUGCAUGGAUCAACACUUUGCCGGAUCCUACAGCUACAUGGCCAUGGAUAGUACAGUGGGGCAUCAGUGCGAUCUAGCUAGUCCCUUACCAGGUACCUGCGAACCCAUUGCGCCAAUCUUGCUGUUUGCUGGCGAAGCCACGAUACCAGGACACUACAGCACUGUUCACGGGGCCCGACUGAGCGGAAUUCGCGAAGCGGAAAGAAUCAUUCAGAUGACAAAACGUUAUGGUGGUCCGCCAAGAAUACCAUCGGAUACCCAGUGCAAAACGCCAUGAAAAUUUUGAAAAAAUGGAAAAACAUUUAAAGGUACCCUCGCGAGACUGUGUCCGUAAUUGAAAACCCUGUAUUUUUCAUACCGUGUCCGUGUAAA